AUGCCAAGCUUUCCGCCUUCAGAUGAACCCACCCUCGAUGGCGACUGCCUAUCUCUCAAGAAUAUUGAACUAGUUGAUAUUUUUAGUCGAAAGCGCGUGUCUUUGCAGCCUCAUCCAUCUCACCAGUAUCCGAAUGAAACACUCAUCCAUCAUGGUUAUUUGGGCUGCUCGCCAUUAUUUCCCACUGUUGCCAUCUCCAUCCGCACACUUGCAGCAUACCGACAGGCUCACCGAACUUGUCCCCGAUUCAGCAUUCAGGCGCAAUGCAAAGCCUUAUGUCACCUCCAUAAUAUUCCAUAUCGACCAUAUUUAAAUGCGCAGUUUUCAGAUGCUUAUGACAUUUAUCUUGAAAUCUUACAUCGCGUUGACGUCCUCAUCAAUCAAGCGCUUAACCGCAGCUCACCCAACUGGCGUCUUCUGAACUGCUGCCCAUGCUGCUUCUACAAGCUAGAGGAUAAAGAAAAUUUGGCUCUGGACUGGCUGGUGACUAUGGACGGCAACAAUAGCUUGAAACGAUGGACAUCGUCAACAGCUGAUGGCACCGCCCGAAAAGAUUCACGCAGGUUUCGUUCUGACUACUGGCUCGAUUGCUCGACAGUUGAUAGAUUUAAGGAUGAAGUGCGAGGACAAACACACCCGACUGCGGAUAUUGACAACUGGCAAGAUGUUGAGCAAACUGACACAGCGCCCUCAUUUACUUGUGUUGACCGGUGGCGAAAUGCCGGUCCAGAACAACGUAAAAGGAUGUUUUCAGUGUUCGAUGAAUCCGGGAUAUUUAUUGCUGCAUGUCGACACCGGUUUAUCCUUCUCGCUUGCGAUAUGGUUAAGAGCGGUGAACUGGCAAAAUAUCCCCUUGCGAUUGUUGAUCGAUUGCUAACAGUUUACGGCAAAAAUGGAGGUUGUGCGUAUGACAUUGGUUGUGCGUUUGCCAAGACGCUCGGGAACAGUACUUUGGGACCACGAGCUUCUGCCCUCAACUUCCGGAUGAUGGUAGGAGCGUUUCACGGCCAUGCGCACAAUCGAAGAUGCCAGAUAGAUUGGCAUCCUAUGUACAUUGAAGGCACAGGACACACGGAGGGUGAAGGAUGCGAACACAUUUUUUCUUCGUCAAAUGAGCUUGCACGAAGUACUCGGCAUGCUACAACUUUUCAUCGACAUCAAUCGAUCGAGCAACAUUUUGCAUUUUGGGACGAGGAUAAGUAUGCAGCCUUAAGUAAGUUUUUAUUAAUAUCUACUCAAUAG